GAACGAGAUGCGACUUCUACUGCUGCCGGCCGGGGUGCUCGUGCUCCUGCUGUUCCUGCUCCGACUGCCCCUGCCCGGGGACGGAGCGGGUCGGGUGAUAUACUUUAACCAGCUGAAAGAGAACCAGACCCUCCAGGCGGGCAAGAAUGCGACGGACAGGCUCGGCAAGGGCAUGCUCUUCGAUGUGGGACGGGGCAACUGCCAUCGAGGGUACAUGCACGAUCAUCAUGGCCGCUGUCGGAGGAUUGUCUAGGCCCAUGCCCAAAUCAGUGAUGUCUACGCCUUAUUUUUAUUGUUUUUGUUUUGUGUAGAGAUUAAAGUGAAAAGAAAUGAAAACCCAAUACAAGCCGCUUUCAUAAACAAA